UUUUAUUGAUUAAAGUCUUUGCACAAAAUGGAUAUAAAAUCAUUUUUAUUUUCCUAUUGUGCCAAGAACCAAACGGAGCCCAAGUUCGAAGUGCGUCCAACUGGGCCAAAACAUCGCCAGCGUUUUCUGUGCGAGGUGCGCGUUGAUCUGUGCUCCUAUGUCGCUGUGGGCAACUCCACCAACAAGAAGGAUGCCGAAAAGAAUGCCUCACGUGAUUUUGUCAACUAUUUGGUGCGCGCCGGCAAACUGAAUGUGAAAGAUGUGCCACCAGACGCCGGUGCAUCGCCAGCAUUUGCCGCUGGCAUCGAUGUUGAUAGCAAUAAUGCACGCAUGCCUGGUGUACAGCAGCGUCGUGUCUUUGGCGGCGCAUCGGGACCGCAGGAUUUGGGCGAGGCAUAUCGUCCACUUAACCAUGAAGGUGGACGUGAACGCUUCAGCCUUUUCGAUCAUGUCCAGGAACAAAAGGACAUGAACGAGGCGGAGUCAAUUGAUGUGAACGCGGCUAUCCAUGGCAACUGGACCAUAGAGAAUGCCAAAGAUUGCUUGAAUAUUUAUAAGCAAUCGAAUAACAUUCGUGAAGACUACAAGUUUACGCCCGUUGGCCCAAAUCAUGCCAGGAGCUAUAUGGCCGAGCUGUCCAUAUUUGUGCCGGCCCUAAAGCGCAAGGUCACCGCAAGGGAGACUGGCUCCAACAAGAAAGCGGCGAGCAAAUCUUGCGCCCUUUCCCUGGUGCGUCAACUCUUUCAUUUGAAAGUUAUCGAAGCAUUCAGCGGCACGCUCAAAAAGAAAAAGGAUGAGGAACUGAAGCCAUAUCCAGUCAAGCUGAAUCAACUGCUCAUUGAUGAUGUGGAUGAGGUCAUCAGGGAUCUCGAUCUGCCUGUGGUCAAUCCACGCAACAUUAAAGUCGAACCAGACGGCAUGCCCAUGUCUCUAAUCGUUACACCAGCUCGCUUGGAUAUGAGCCAGGAUAGCGACGGGCGUCAAGACAACAUUGCUGUCAUUCCCUGGGCACCGCCGCAGCCCAACUGGAAUGCCUGGCAUGCCUGCAACAUUGAUGAGGGCACUCUGGCCACCGCCUCGCUGGAUGAACUCUCUGAUGACUACGAGCACCAGUUGCGUGAUCGUCGCGAGAGCGAUGCCGAAUAUCGUCAGUUUUUGGAGUUUCGCGACAAGCUGCCAAUUGCAGCCAUGCGCUCCGAGAUCAUGAACGCCAUCAACGAGAGUCAAGUGGUCAUCAUACGCGGCAACACCGGGUGUGGCAAGACCACACAAAUUGCUCAAUAUAUCCUCGACGACUAUAUCACAUCGGGCCAGGGUGGCUAUGCCAACAUCUAUGUGACCCAGCCGCGUCGUAUCUCGGCCAUUUCGGUGGCUGAGCGCGUCGCACGUGAACGCUGCGAGCAACUGAGCGAUAGUGUUGGCUAUUCGGUGCGCUUUGAGUCCGUCUUUCCGCGUCCGUACGGCGCCAUCCUCUUCUGCACCGUGGGCGUCCUACUGCGCAAACUGGAGGCGGGCCUGCGCGGUAUCUCGCACAUUAUUGUCGAUGAGAUACACGAGCGCGAUGUGAACAGCGACUUUCUCUUGGUCAUCUUGCGCGACAUGGUCGCCACUUAUCCGGACUUGCACAUUAUUCUUAUGUCGGCUACAAUUGAUACGACUCUAUUUUCCAAAUACUUUGGCGACUGUCCGGUGCUGGAGGUGCCUGGACGUGCAUUUCCCGUGCAACAGUUCUUCCUGGAGGACAUCAUUCAGAUGACCGGCUUCGUACCGUCCGCAGAGUCGCAUCGCAAGCGCAAGGAGGCCGACGACGAGGAGCGACUUCUGCUUAAGGACAACGACGAGGAGGGCGAAUCGAAUCUGAACAAGGUGUGCGAGGACAAGUAUUCGCAGCAGACUCGCAAUGCCAUGGCCUUGUUGUCCGAAUCGGACGUCAGCUUCGAGCUGCUCGAGUCAUUGUUGAUGCACAUCAAAUCGAAGAAUAUACCCGGUGCCAUUCUGGUCUUUCUUCCCGGCUGGAAUCUGAUAUUUGCCCUGAUGAAGUAUCUGCAGAGCUCGACCAAUUUUGGCAAUCCGCAAUAUCGCAUUUUGCCCUGCCACUCGCAGAUACCGCGCGAUGAUCAGCGCAAGGUCUUCGAAUCGGUGCCUGAUGGCGUCACCAAGAUCAUUCUGUCCACAAACAUUGCCGAGACAUCGAUUACCAUUGAUGAUAUUGUAUUUGUGGUGGACAUUUGCAAGGCACGCAUGAAGCUAUUCACAUCGCACAACAAUCUGACCAGCUAUGCGACCGUUUGGGCCAGCAAGACCAAUCUGGAGCAGCGCAAGGGACGCGCUGGUCGCGUCCGUCCUGGCUUCUGUUUCACGCUAUGCUCACGCGCACGCUUCGCCCAGCUGGAGGAGAAUCUGACGCCGGAAAUGUUCCGCACACCGUUGCAUGAGAUCGCCUUGACGGUGAAGCUAUUACGCCUGGGCGCCAUACAUCAUUUCCUGUCCAAGGCACUGGAGCCACCGCCAGUGGAUGCUGUCAUCGAGGCAGAGGUGCUGCUGCGGGAUAUGCGCUGCCUAGAUGCCAACGAUAAUCUGACGCCCUUGGGCAGACUUCUCGCCCGGCUGCCCAUUGAGCCGCGUCUGGGCAAGAUGAUGGUGCUGGGCGCAGUAUUUGGAUGCGCUGAUCUCGUCGCUGGAAUGGCCUCCUAUUCGAGUACCUUUUCGGAGGUGUUUGCUUUGGACAUUGGCCAGCGACGUUUGGCCAACCAUCAGAAGGCGCUGAGCGGACGCAAGUGCUCGGAUCAUGUGGCCAUGAUCGUUGCCUCACAACUGUGGCAGAAUGCCAAGCAUCGUGGGGAGCAGGAGGAGGCGCGCUUCUGCGAUUGGAAGGGACUGCAAAUGUCGACCAUGAAUGUGAUGUACGAUGCCAAGAUGCAGCUACUCGAUCUGCUGCAGCAGGCGGGCUUCCCCGAGGAGUGCAUGCUGGGUCAUCAGGUGGAUGCCAAUGCCAAUGAUCCCGAGCUGGAUGUCGCAACGGCGCUGCUCUGUCUCGGACUAUAUCCGAACAUCUGUGUGCACAAGGAGAAGCGCAAGGUGCUCACCACCGAGUCGAAGGCGGCUUUGCUCCACAAGACUUCGGUGAACUGCAGCAAUCUGGCUGUGAACUUCCCCUAUCCAUUCUUUGUCUUCGGCGAGAAGAUUCGCACGCGUGCCGUGUCCUGCAAGCAAAUGUCCAUGGUUACGCCGCUUCAGGUGAUGCUCUUCGGUUCGCGCAAAAUCGAUCUGGCGCCCAACAGCAUUGUGCGCGUGGAUAACUGGCUCAAUUUCGAGAUGGAUCCCGAGCAUGCCGCCAAGAUUGGAGCACUGAAGCCGGCCCUCGAAGAUCUAAUAACCAUUGCUUGCGACAAUCCCAGCGGUGUGUUAAAGCUGGAUGACCGCUACGCCCGACUGGUGCGCGUGGUCCGCGAACUCUGCGAGCAGAAUGCUGGCGAUUAUGGGCUGCAUCGUGAAUCUGGUGUGAUGCCCUUUAUGUCCCGUACCUUCCGCGAGAACAAUAGUGGAUUUGGUGGAGCAGCCAAGCGUGGACGUUUCGAUGGCGGUGGUUAUGGUGGAAGAGAUGUAAGAGAUGGCGGUGGAGGCGAAUCUAGAGGCAGCUUCGGUGGUGGCGGUGGUAGUGGAAAUUUUGGAGGUGGUGGUCGUGGCUAUAGAGGCGGCCGCUCGAGUGGUUUUGGAAAUCGCUACGGUGGCAACGGCGGCUUCAACAAUGGACGAUUCGGAGGUGCCUACAACAAUGGAGUAGGAGGUGGUGGCAGCGGCAACGGCGGCGGUGGCUUCAACAAUAUAGGAGGAGGUGGUGGCAGCGGAUUCAACAAUGGAGGUGGAGGAGGUGGUGGCCGCGGAUACAACAACGGAGGUGGAGGAGGCGGUUUCAACGAUGGAGCAGGAGACGGAGGAAGAAACGGCGGAGGCAACUUUGGCAGCGAUGGAAGCUAUGGGGGAGGUGGUGGCAGCAACAAUAACUGGCGUGCCUACUCCUAUCAGAGCUUUUAAAUUAUUCUAAUCUAAUAUUCUUAUAAUUAUUAUAAUUACAAUUUAAUAAAAAUGCUACAGUUAAC